GCCUUCGGGCGCGCGCGGCGCCUUCCCGCCCGUCGCCGCCGCUGGGCUCCGCCUGCGCGCGACGCGGUCACCUCAGAGGCCGGCGGCGCCGCCAUGGCGGCGGUGCGGGAUGUGGAGAUCGACCCCGAGGGCACGUUCAAGUACAUCCUGGUGCGCCUGCAGCGCCCGGGUGGCGAGGAGCAGCGGGACAUCGUCCGCGGCACCAAGGCGGCCGAGUUCCACAAUCACAUAUUUGAAAAAGUAAAUCCUGAGAUGGAAAAGCUGGGAUAUGAGUGCAAGUGCCUUGGAGGAGGGAAAAUUGAUCAUAAUAGCAAAGACAAGAAGAUUAGGGUAUUUGGGCUCUCUACAUGGUCACCACUUCUUUAUUACUUCAGGUACCACUCUGAAACAGCAGAAGACGUGUAG